GGUCCAUGAUUCAUGAUCAUCGUCAUCGUGCGUAUCUAAAACAUCUUCAAAUCUAUCUUUGACCGUCGUACUCUCUCUCUCUCUCUCUCUCUCUCUCUCUCUCUAAUUUUCUCUCAUCAUCAGCCUUCGCCUUUUCGCCGCUGUUUCAGACUCUGCUGAAAACGCAUACACAACACAGCCACCAUACAGAAACACGAACACACUUUCAGUUCUUCACCCACCACACCCGAAAGAGAGAAAAGAAUACGAUAUCUCCAUUUUGCCCCUCUUCCCCAAACACAUCUCUAUAAAUAUUAUAAAUUUCUCCAUUCAUUAGCAUAGCAGCGGAAAGAGAAACAACAACUCUCACACUUAUCUUCUUCUUCCUCUCAUUUCAUUCAUCAUUCAUUACUCUGAUCCCACGGCUGCGAUCUUCUCGUUUCUCCAAUCGUACGGCCAGGGGUCCUUUGUCUGCCCAACUCACUUCUCAGCUUUCUCUCUCUACUUGCUUUUUUUUCCGUCCACCCCACUUCGCCCUUGUUCAACUGGAUUCCGGGUUCGAUUGCUUUCGCUGUUACAUGCAUCGAUACCGGUUGAAUUACGCGUUGCCGUUAUGGGUUUUGCUUCUUCUGCCAGAUUUAGAUCCAUCGUGGUGAUGUAACCGCCUUUGGUAGAGAGUAUAGCUUCUUUGGAACACUGAAUAUGGAUUCCAAUGGUCAUGCAAGAGUAAAGAGAAAUGAUAUUAUUAAAGAAAAUGGUAAUUCUCAUUUGUCAAAUGUAGAUGAACAUGAUCCAUGGACAGCAUGGGCGUACAAGCCUCGAACCAUCACAUUGUUACUUAUUGGUGCUUGCUUUCUCAUUUGGGCAAGUGGAGCACUUGAUCCUGAAAGAGAUGCAUCUGGUGAUCUUGUCACUUCUGUUAAAAGGGGUGUAUGGGCAAUGAUUGCUGUUUUUCUUGCUUAUUGCCUGCUGCAAGCUCCUUCUACGGUUCUUAUUCGGCCACAUCCUGCAAUUUGGCGCUUGGUUCAUGGGAUGGCCGUUGUUUAUCUUGUUGCCCUCACAUUUUUACUUUUUCAGAAGCGUGAUGAUGCUCGACAGUUUAUGAAGUUUCUUCAUCCUGAUCUUGGUGUUGAACUUCCAGAAAGGUCUUAUGGUGCCGACUGCCGUAUAUAUCUGCCUGAAAACCCUGCAAGCAGGUUUAAGAAUGUUUAUGAGACACUUUUUGAUGAGUUUGUUCUAGCUCAUGUUAUUGGGUGGUGGGGGAAGGCAAUAUUGAUUCGUAAUCAGCCCCUUCUUUGGGUGUUAUCAAUUGGUUUUGAGUUGGUGGAGUUUACUUUUCGUCAUAUGUUGCCAAAUUUCAACGAGUGCUGGUGGGACAGUAUUAUUCUUGACAUCUUGAUCUGCAAUUGGUUCGGAAUUUGGGCAGGAAUGUAUACUGUUAGAUACUUUGAUGGGAAAACCUACAAAUGGGUCGGUCUAAGCCAGCAGCCUAAUAUUAUAGGAAAAGUGAAACGAACAUUGGGUCAAUUCACACCAGCUCAGUGGGACAAAGACGAGUGGCAUCCACUGCUUGGUCCUUGGCGUUUCAUUCAAGUGCUUAGUCUUUGCAUUGUAUUUUUGACAGUGGAGCUCAACACAUUCUUUUUGAAAUUUUGUCUCUGGAUACCUCCUCGAAAUUCAGUUGUUAUAUAUAGGUUGAUUUUGUGGUGGUUACUUGCAAUUCCAACAAUUCGUGAGUACAAUUCAUACCUUCAAGACAGAAAGCCAGUGAAGAAGGUUGGAGCAUAUUGUUGGCUCUCUCUUGCCAUUUGCAUUGUAGAACUUCUGAUUUGCAUUAAAUUUGGACACGGCUUGUAUCCUAAACCAAUGCCUAUAUGGCUGGUAAUAUUCUGGUCGAGUGUUGGAGUGGCCAUUGUUACAUUUUUGCUUUUGUGGUCUUGGCAAAUCCAUCGCAGUCUAGGGAACAAGAAGAGGCGAUAAUUUUACUACUACUGCAGUUGCAGCAGUCGCAAUGCAUUAUUCUUUGAUUGAUUCCUUCCUCAUUUUUAUGGAUACCAAUCCAUAGCCAUACACAUGGUGUAAAUACUAUCAUCAACCUCAUAAUUAAAUUGUAAAUGAAUAUUAAUUCUCCUAGCUUAGUGUAGUGGAUCACAGUUUCUUUGGGCGGCAAAUAUUAGUUCCAGCAGCUGGUAGAGAGGUGUACUUGUUAUUUAUGAGGCUUGCUUUUUGAAUAGGUUUCCACCAUUGGUAAAUUGGCCAAUUUCUUCCCUUCCAUCGGAAUUAGUCAUUCUGAAGCGUGUGUAUCCAGUCAUUUUAAUGAAAUUUUGAGUGAAGAACGUUUUUGCUUCACCAAUUGGGUUUGAAUGUUAGCAUGAUGUUGGAGAUUUACAA